AUGGCGACCGACCCCGAGAAGGGCGUCGAGCCCAAGCCGAGCUCGACCUCCCGCUCGAGUCGCGAUGGUUCCACCACCACCGACGUGAACCCUCCCUCGAAGAAACACUCUGGCGAAGGCGAAAAAGACGCCAUCGAGUCGCCUGCCGCCGGCAAGACUUCUGCGGAACGGCAACGUCCCUCCAGCAAGCAGGGCGUCGACCUGAAAAAGGUCGACACGAGACUCGUCGACAAGAAGGAAGACAACCCCGACGAUGUGUACGCCCACCUCCCUCCCCACGAGGCCGAAAUCCUCAAGCGCCAAGUUGUCACGCCUGAUGUCAAGGCUGGCAUCGCCGCCCUGUACCGCUACUCCUCGACCGCCGACCUGGCCAUCAUGGCCGUGUCCGCCCUCGCCGCCAUCGCCUCGGGUGCUGCGCUGCCUUUGAUGACGGUGCUGUUUGGCAGCUUGCAGGGGACGUUUCAAGAUUAUUUUACCCCGGGAACGGCCAUGACCUACGACGAUUUCAUGGACGAGAUUGUCAAGUUGAUCCUGUACUUUGUCUACUUGGCCAUCGGCGAAUUCAUCUGCGUCUAUAUCUCUACCGUCGGUUUCAUUUAUACUGGUGAACAUAUUAGCGCCAAGAUUCGCGAGCACUACCUCGAGAGCUGCAUGAGGCAGAACAUUGGAUUUUUCGAUAAGCUCGGCGCUGGUGAGGUUACUACUCGCAUCACAGCCGAUACCAACCUCAUUCAGGAUGGCAUCUCCGAGAAAGUCGGCAUCACUCUCAUGGCCCUGGCCACCUUUGUCUCGGCCUUUGUUAUCGGCUUUGUCAAAUACUGGAAGCUUACCUUGAUUCUGUUGUCCACCGUCGUUGCCCUGGUCCUCAACAUGGGUGCUGGCUCCAGAUUCAUUCUCAAGUACAACAAGCAGUCCCUGGAUGCGUACGCCGAGGGCGGCAGCCUUGCUGAGGAGGUCAUUAGCUCCGUCCGCAACGCCAUCGCCUUUGGUACCCAGGACCGCCUCGCGAGGCAGUACGAUUCCCAUCUGGCCCGUGCCGAGUUCUUUGGCUUCAAAGUCAAGGCCGCCAUUGGUGUCAUGGUCUCGGGCAUGAUGCUUAUCCUGUACCUCAACUACGGCCUGGCUUUCUGGAUGGGCUCCAAGUUCAUCGUCAACGGCGAAUCCUCGCUGUCCAGCAUCCUCACCAUUAUGCUUGCCGUCAUGAUUGGUGCGUUCAACGUCGGCAACGUCGCCCCCAACUCCCAGGCGUUUGUUACCGCGCUCGGCGCGGCUGCCAAGAUCUUCAACACCAUCGAUCGUGUAUCUCCCCUUGACCCUACCAACGACGAGGGCGUGAAGCCCGAGAAGAUUGAGGGUACCAUUAGCCUCCAGAAUGUCAAGCACAUCUACCCCUCCCGCCCCGAGGUCGUUGUCAUGGACGGCGUCUCGUUGACCAUCCCUGCCGGAAAGACGACUGCCCUGGUCGGUGCCUCUGGUUCCGGAAAGUCCACCAUUGUCGGUCUAGUGGAGCGCUUCUACGAUCCCGUCGAGGGCGCCGUCUUGAUUGACGGCCAGGAUGUCAAGGACCUGAACCUGCGCUGGCUCCGACAGCAGAUUUCCCUCGUGCAGCAAGAGCCUACCCUUUUCGGCACAACCAUCUACCACAACAUCCGCUACGGUCUUAUCGGCACCAAGCACGAACACUCGUCCGAGGAUGUACAGCGAUCGCUCAUCGAGGAGGCUGCCAAGAAGGCCAAUGCCCACGACUUCAUCUCGACUCUUCCCGACGGCUACGAAACUCACGUUGGUGAGCGCGGUUUCUUGCUCUCUGGUGGCCAAAAGCAGCGCAUCGCCAUUGCCCGCGCCAUCGUUUCCGAUCCCAAGAUUCUCCUUCUCGACGAGGCCACCUCCGCCCUUGACACCAAGACCACCAUCACCAUUGCUCACCGACUCUCCACGAUCAAGGACGCCCACAACAUCGUCGUCAUGUCGGAAGGCAAGAUCAUCGAGCAGGGAACGCACAACGAUCUUCUCGAGAGCCGCGGCGCCUACUAUAAGCUUGUGACGGCCCAGAACAUUGCCGCCGUCAAGGAACUUUCCGCCGAGGAGGAAGCUGCGAUUGAUGACCACCAAAAUGAACUCAUUCGAAAGAUGUCGACCAGGAACUCGGGACCCGCCGUUGACCCCGACGACGCCUUCGAGAAGCUCAACAAGACCACCACCAGCAAGUCCGCCUCGAGCGUUGCCCUCCAGGGCAAGACGCCCGAGGAGGAGAAGAAGUACGGCCUCUGGACGUUGAUCAAGCUCAUUGCCUCGUUUAACAAGCCAGAGGUGUGGCUCAUGGUCGUCGCCUGCGCCUUCACCAUCAUUUGCGGUGGCGGCAACCCGACCCAGGCUCUCUUCUUUGCCAAGCAGAUUGUUACCCUCGCCGUCCCCAUCACCCCCGCCAACGAGCACCAGGUCAAGAAGGAUUCCGACUUCUGGAGCGCCAUGUACCUCAUGCUUGCCUUUAUCCAGUUCAUCGCCUUCGCCGUCCAGGGUGUCCUCUUCGCCAAGUGCUCCGAGAGGCUCGUCCACCGCGUUCGUGACAAGGCGUUCCGAACCAUGCUCCGUCAGGACGUCUCCUUCUUCGACCGGGACGAGAACACGGCUGGUGCCCUCACUUCCUUCCUCUCGACCGAAACCACCCACGUCGCGGGUCUGUCCGGCGUGACCCUCGGAACCAUUUUCAUGGUCCUGACCACGCUCAUCACCGCCCUCGCGCUUUCCAUCGCCAUCGGUUGGAAGCUGUCGCUCGUCUGCGCGGCCACCAUCCCCGUCCUUCUCGGCUGCGGCUUCUUCCGCUUCUAUAUGCUCGCGCACUUCCAGCGCCGCUCCAAGAAGGCGUACGCCGACUCGGCCACCUACGCCUCCGAGGCCAUCUCCGCCAUCCGCACCGUGGCCUCUCUGACCCGCGAGGCCGACGUCCUCGCCCAGUACAAGGCCUCGCUCGACCGCCAGCAACGCGCCAGCUUGAUCUCCGUUCUCAAGUCCAGUCUCCUCUACGCCGCCUCGCAGUCCUUCAUGUUCCUGGCCUUUGCCCUCGGCUUCUGGUACGGCGGUACCCUGAUCGCCAAGUACGAGUACGACAUGUUCCAGUUCUUCCUGUGCUUCUCGGCCGUCAUCUUUGGCGCCCAGUCCGCGGGCUCCAUCUUCUCCUUCGCGCCCGACAUGGGCAAGGCCCACCACGCCGCCGCCGAGCUCAAGACCCUCUUCGACCGCAAGCCCGCCAUCGACACGUGGUCCGAGCAGGGCAGCCCCAUCGAGUCGGUGGAAGGCGCCAUCGAAUUCCGCGACGUCCACUUCCGCUACCCCACCCGCCCCGAGCAGCCCGUCCUGCGCGGCCUCAACCUCGACGUCCGCCCCGGCCAGUACGUCGCCCUCGUCGGCGCCUCGGGCUGCGGCAAGUCCACCACCGUCGCCCUCCUCGAGCGCUUCUACGACCCGCUCGCCGGCGGCAUCUACGUCGACGGCAAGGAGAUCAGCACCCUCAACGUCAUGCAGGCAGCAUCCGCGACAACAUCCUCCUCGGCUCCCCGCGACGACGUCCCCGACUCCGCCGUCGAGCACGCCUGCCGCGAGGCCAACAUCCUCGACUUCAUCCUCUCCCUGCCCGAGGGCUUCAACACCCUCGUCGGGUCCAAGGGCGCUCUCCUCUCCGGCGGCCAGAAGCAGCGCAUCGCCAUUGCCCGCGCCCUCAUUCGCGAUCCCCGCAUCCUCCUCCUCGACGAGGCCACCUCGGCCUUGGACUCGGAGAGCGAGCACGUCGUGCAGGCCGCGCUCGACAAGGCGGCCCGCGGCCGUACCACGAUUGCCGUGGCGCAUCGGCUCAGCACGAUUCAAAAGGCGGAUGUUAUUUACGUCUUUGACCAGGGUCGCAUCGUGGAGCGGGGUACGCACGCGGAGUUGAUGAAGCAGAAUGGCCGGUACGCCGAGCUGGUGAACUUGCAGAGCUUGGAGAAGAGGUGA